AUGUUUCGUGCUCGUCGAUAUCGAAUCAUCCUCAUCUUUACGACUGUCUUCAUUCUGGCCGUCUUUUAUUUCACUCGAUCUCGCGACUUGGCCGUGUCCUCAAACACCCCGCCCAUUGUUGACCGUCCCGAACCGUUCCCUCACAAUCCCCCAGCUGCUGGCAGCAAGGAGAACAUUACCCCUCCCUCUCAUGACACUCCGGUGAACCCUCCCCCUGCGGAUCAACAAUCGGGUAGCCCGAAAAACCGACCUGGAAAUGAACAAGCGCCCGUUCAUGACCCGGCUGCCAGCCAGAAACCCACAAUACCGGCAAGCGACCAAGUGAAGGAGGGUACGAAGGGGGGCUCUCUUGAGAAAACACCCAGUGAAAUUGAUGCGGAGUCCGGUUCAGGGGGCCAGGCAGUUCUUCCCGGAGCGGAGGAGCAGUCUCACUGGGAAAAACUUCCGGAGCAGUUUCCGCUAGCACCAGCGGACAUUAUCAAGCUCCCGACUGGUAAUGCCAAAACUCUGCCGAAACUGCAAGCGAAGAUCAAGGAUGAGUCGUCAGGGGAUAAACUGCAACGAUUACAGAAACUGGCUAGCAUCAAGCAAUCCUUCGAGCAUGCGUGGGGUGCAUAUAAGGCGUCUGCCAUGGGCCAUGACGAGCUCAACCCCACUCAAGGUGGAUAUCGGGAUCCGUUUAAUGGAUGGGGCGCAACACUUGUUGAUGGCCUGGAUACCCUCUGGAUCAUGGAACUGAAAGAGGAGUUCUCCAUGGCGGUAGAUCAGGUCAAAAAGAUUGAUUUUACUACCAGUAUAAGAAAGGACAUUCCUGUCUUUGAAACGGUCAUUCGUUACCUAGGUGGUUUGCUCGGAGCAUACGAUAUUUCGGGCCACAAGUACGACGUGCUUUUGGACAAGGCUGUUGAGCUGGCCGAUAUCCUCAUUGGGGUUUUCGAUACACCCAACCGGAUGCCAAUGCUUUAUUAUAAAUGGGCACCACAAUAUGUGUCUCAACCUCACACUGCGGAUAAAAUAGCUAUUUUAGCAGAGAUUGGCUCUCUUUCUUUGGAAUUCACCCGUCUGGCACAGUUGACUAGACAGGACAAAUACUACGAUGCUAUCGCACGAAUUACCAACGAGCUCGAGAAGUUCCAAACCGAAACAAUCAUUCCUGGUCUAUGGCCUCUCGAGGUUGAUGCUUCUGGCUGCGAUCAGCAUCAACCUCGGGCCAGUUCCGAACCUGCUUAUAGUGCAACACCCUCCCCGGCGAAUGCGGAUAGCUAUAGAAGCUUUCUGCAGCGACGGGGAAGAGGUGGUGGUCUCAGUGAAGAUGCUCAACCCGCCAAUUACGAUAAUUUGGCAGAAGAGGGCACGGGUGCUAAUACGUCUCCAGAUGGUGAAAACUGCAAUGGGGGCCUUAAAAAAUUACGUUCAAAGGCUCCAAAGUUUGGGAUGGGGGCACUUGCAGAUUCGACAUAUGAAUAUCUGCCCAAAGAGUAUAUGCUUUUGGGUGGUCUCAACGAACAAUACCGUACCAUGUACGAGAAUUCCAUGGACGCGGCACGAAAGCAUCUACUCUUUCGGCCAAUGAUCCAGGACGACCGUGACAUUCGAUUUUUGUCCAAUGUUCGCCCACUGGCACUCAAUUCUGCGCCAGACGCCUACACGAUGCGCUAUGAUUAUGAAGGAUCCCACCUUGUUUGCUUUGCCGGCGGCAUGUUCGCUGUUGGUGCUAAAAUAUUCGGGAUUGAGGGCGACCUAGACAUUGCCUCUAAGCUCACUGAUGGCUGUGUGUGGGCGUAUGAAUCUACGACCACAGGAAUCAUGCCUGAGAGUUUUACUUUGAUGCCUUGUAAAAACGGCGAGCCAUGCACAUGGAAUGAGACCGAGUACAGGCGAGCCUUGGAUCCCUAUGAAAACGACCGAUUUGCUGGGGCGGAGAGACUUGCUGAGAUGAAAAUCGGGUCCUCGAAAACGCAGAACAGGGAGCGUGAUCCAGGGUCUGGGUGGCAUGUUAUAGCAACACCUUCACCUUCGCCUGCGCCUGCGCCAGGAGCCAAUGGAAAUGACAUAACAGAUCGGAGUACAAACCUACCCGUGAAGCCAUCGUCACUUUCUCAUGAGGACUUUGUCAAUGCGCGGAUUCGGGAUCAGCGACUUCCACCAGGAAUGGUUUCUAUCACGCAACGGAAGUAUCUCCUCCGGCCUGAGGCCAUCGAGUCCGUUUUCAUCAUGUUCCGCCUUACGGGUGAUGAUUACUGGCGGCAAAAAGGUUGGAAGAUGUUUGAAGCCGUCUCCAAAUACACCCAGACGGAGUUGGCCCAUUCCUCAAUUGACGACGUCACGAGCGAAACCCCACGACUCCUGGCUAAGAUGGAAUCAUUCUGGCUCGCAGAGACGUUGAAAUACUUCUAUCUUCUCUUCAGUGAUCCCAGCGUGGUGAAUCUGGAUGAAUACGUUCUAAACACUGAGGCUCAUCCAUUCAGGCGCCCUGGAUAUUGA